UUUAUAGUAUUUUGCCUAUUUUACCCUUUGAUAACUUAUUGAGAAGAUGCUUCCAGCACCUGCAGUCUUUCAUUUCCUUUGGGAAGUCAACUUUGGUGCAGUCAAGGAGGGAGAUUCAGUGAGAACAUUUGGAAGGUUAGUGAGUUACCAACCAGAGGAAUCGAAGGCUACACUGUCUAUCCAGCAUGCAGCAAGACAGCACCAAGUUGUUGUUCAGACUACAUUUGUUGAACCCUUUGACCCCAUCAUUGGAGCCCAGUACAUAGUUCUGGGCGAGAUUGAAAAAGCAGAGGGAGGUGAUGGUGUGAUGGUCCACGCCCGCGUGCUGAACUGUGUGGAUGGGGUGAACCUAGCUCUGCUGCAAAGAGGUGUCAAUGAACAGAGGAGCUACUUCAGAGAGAGGGGGGAGAGCAAGGGAGAUGCUGCUACUGCUGCUCAGCAACGUGCUCCUCUCUGACCUAGACCCAAAUAAUGAAUCUGUCACAACUGCUGCACUGAUACAGUGCUACUGGUGUAAAGUUAUGAUCCAGGUUGAAUUGAAUGUUCUUUUGUACAUGUUGUAAUGUUUAUAUGACCUGAUUUAUACCUCAGAUGGAUUGUGUCAAAAGGUCAUAUUUUAUUAUGGUUGGGACAUUUUCCCCAAAUAGCCGAUUACAUGGACAUAUCAAAGAUUGAGACUGCGCCUCUAGCUAAUUUAGAAUGGCGAAGGGUGGAAUUACACUAUAAAAAGACUUCUGAGGAAAUCCUGAUUUAUACAUAAAAGCUGCUUGUUUCUUGUG